GUGUGCAGUGACCACAGACAACGCAGGAUCGAUCCACCCGAUAUAUAUAUAAAGGUGUGUAAUGAAUGCCCCCUUCUCCCCCAAUAAAAAUGAUGUGAAGCCGCUAACACAGAAUAGCAACCGAUCCACACGAGAGAGAGCAUCCUUGUCAGUUGCCCAGCUUGAGCUGCGUGUCUGCCUCUACAAUGGUCUGCAGCUCCCGCGAUGACCGCCGCCCAUUACUCAGCCGCGAGCUGCUUUUCCGCCACGACCGACGCCGCCGCCCACCGCCUGGCUCAACCAUCUCCAGCUCACGCACCUUCUCAACCACCUCCUGCAGACACACACACACACACACACACGUGGACGUGUCUCUGUCGAUCUGUCUGUCUGUCUGUGUGUGUGUGCGUCUCUCUCAGUGUCUCGGGCCGACGCACCUUGAGUUUGCCGGCGUCGAUGGUGGAGAGGUCGGUCCUGACGGGGAAGUGCCAGUCGGACGGCGUCUGUCUCAGCGCCCCUAUCCUCUCGCCCUCCUUGUGCAGCGCCCACGUCAUGGCCAUGCGGUCAUAGCCAGCCGUCAGGAUGCAAUUGGCAUUGGCCACCACCUCGAGGCUCGUGAUGGCGUCCGUGUGGGCCUUCCAGCUCCGCACUCUGGCCACCACCGGCCCCUGGCAGAGCGUCUCGAGCGACCGGCGUGAAGAGGUGGACACGGCGGCUGCUGCGGCCUUGACGGACAUCUCGCUGUGCUCCCUGGCGUCCUCGUAGAUGACCCUGUGGGGGUACCAGUCCCUCUUCACCUCCAAUGGCACUAUGCCGUCGUACCUGUGUGAUGUGACCCAGAGGCGACACGAGGCGACACGACACCCCACAUUCAUUCAUGGAGACGGACGGCCAUCGGUCUGUCUGGCUGUGUGUGUGUGUGUGCCGCUAACUCACCGGAAGAGCCUGCCAAUGUCCCACACGCGAAUGAACCCCUCCUCGUCUCCAGUGAAAAGCAGCAUGCGCAGACCAGAGGGCACCUCACGCACCACAGGAAAUGGGCGCCCCUUGCUGUGUGCCAGCGCCCCCCGCCGCUGUCCCCCGUCCGCCGACGCAGGCGUCUGCAGCAGCGAGCUCUUGCCAACCGGGGAUGUGACGAACGUGCUCUUCCUGGGCGCCCGAGAGCUGUGCGAGUUGAUCGACGACGUCAUGACCCGCGACUUCUUUUUGUCUGCCCCUGACACCCUCGUCCGCGAUCGGCCCUUCCUCAGCGACGUCGUCCUCUUGCCCCCGGGGGCCGCCUCAUCCCCUCCGCUCACGUCAGCGCCAUCUGUCGCAUGGGCGUCGGCGAGCCUCACAACUGACCCGUGAGGGCCUUCGUGUGCAUUGGCUGCUGUCAGCUCGCCAGCGGCGUGUGAGCUGUGGAUGGUGGCCUGGGAUGAGUCUGACUGUCGCGUGUGUGUGGCGGCGGACGGGUGUGCGGGGUCGGCUGCGUCUUGCGGGGCCGAGGGGGGCUGGUAGAAGAAGUCCAUGCACUGAAUCGGCACCGCUGACUCAAGACUCUGCACACACUCAUUCACAUAAAUGUAGGGGACACGCAGCUUUCUCUUCCUUUCUCUCUUUUUUUCUCUUGUGACUUACGUGAAGAUUGAGGAAUCUGGUGAGGAGCACGGUGCCGUUUCUGGCCUGCCUGGCCUCAUUGUCGAGGACCCUCUCUGCGAGGGGGUGUGGGGGGAUGAGCCAGAGGAACACCUGCCCCAGCUGGUCGGCAGAACACAGCAGGGGAAAGGGCUCCAGUAUGCGCAGGCACGUCGGCUCGGCCUGCAACAAGAGAGCCGAUUCACUGUCGAGUGGGCGUUGUGCUGUCAAUCAGUGGGUGGGUGCGUGAGUGGUUUGGCUGCCUGGUGUCCGAAGAGCUCAGCGACUCUCUUCAUCUUUUCGUAGCUCCAGACGACCACGAUGCGGUCGGUGGAUCCGGUGGCGAUGAGACCCAGCCGCCGCGAGUAGGCGCAGCACGUGAUGUCUCCCGCAUGCGCGUUCGCUAUCCGACGCCACACCUGCACACAGACAGACACCCACACCUAGAUUAUCUACCCGUCUUGUGGCCUGGCCUAGAUAGAUGAUCGUGUGUGUGUGUUGUCUCACUUUUGGCGUGGCGAGUGAUCCCUCUGAUCCCUCGUCAUGGACCACCAGCGACUUGUCCCAUGACACGCUCAGCAGACAGCGGUCGCCGGGGCAGUAUACAAGACCGCUCACCUCAGCCCUGAUAUGAUGAAGAGACAGACAGACAUGCCCAGACACAUUCAGACACGAACGAGCGUGAGACAACGGAACUCACAUUGACUGACCUGUGUUUGGUGAGUGUCCUGAGGUAGUAGCCCGUCGAUGCGUUGUAGACGGCGAUAUUGCCCGCAUGGUCAGACACAAACAGCUGACGACAAUACGCAUGCAAUGCAAUGCAAUGCAAUGCAGCACACACAGAACAGAACAGACGCACACUUUCGCAUGGCAUGGAUGCCACUAGCCUCACUGCCACACAGCCCACCUUCCUGCCUCUGUCGUCGAUGCAGAAGUCGGUGAUCUCGUGGCCGCCCUUGUGCUGGAUCGAGUGCUUCAGCUCGCCCGUCGACGCGUCCCAUAUUCUCACGUGGUUCCCACCCGCCGUCAUGAAAAUCCGCAGCUUCGCGUUGUACAGCGCCUGUGAGACAAGCAAGACACACAAACCGACAGACAGACACGUGUUGUUGGGGUGGCAGCAACUGCAGUAACUGCAGUGGAGGUCGGUUAGGUUACUUACUUUGAUGAGUGGAUGGUCGUCGCUUUCCUCUGGCACGCCGGUGCGCUCAAAGUCGAAGGCGAGGAGCUUGCGGCCCGCGCAGACGAUGCGUUUGUGCUUCAGCACUGCAGCGACGGACCUGAGCUGCGGCAUUUCGUCGACAAAUAUGGUUUGCAGGCACGAGUAGUUGGUGAGGUCCCAUGUCUUGAUGCAGCCAUCGGUGUCUGCCGACACAACCUGACCUGCACACACAGAACAGACACACAGAGAGAGACAGAGACACGGGAAGAGACACAGAGAGAGAGAGAAGCGUGUGUGUGCGAAUGAAUGAUCAAACUAGUCGCUUACCUACCUGUGCCGGGUCCGAGUGACUCGAUUUUGAUGAUGGGUGCGAGGUGUCCCUUGAUGGUGUGGAUGGCCUUGCCCACGUAGGGAUUCCAGAUGAACAGCUGGUAGUCAAACCCACCCGUGAUCAACAGCUGGAUGGAUAAAUCACAUCCAUUACAGAUAGACAGACAGACAGACAGACAGACAGAGGGAGGGAGGGAGGGAGGGAGGAGUCACUGCUCAUCGGUUGAUCGCCCCUCUCCUCUCCUUUCUCUUGCUUGCUGACCUUGUUUGCAGGCGAGAAGCACAUUGUCCUGACGCCCCUUUCAUGGCCCUCGAGCUUUCGCUUCAGCUCGCCCGUCGCCGCAUCCCAUAUGUAAACCUGCACACAAGCCAAGCCGGCAGACAUCCCAUCCCAAGCAGGCAGGCAGGCGGGCGGCUGCGCCCCUCCAUCCAUCUUCGCUACGUACGUGACGUGCGCACCAAUUUGUCCAUGGCGCACGAGGCGAGCUGUUCGAAGGAGGGCAGCUCGAGGAGGUCGACCACUAUGUCGAGGUGCUGCCGGAUCUGACGCCAGCUGAUGAACUUGUGCCACAAUUCCAUCACACCAACCGCACUCCUCCUAACUCACCAACACACAGACACACAGAAACAUCUGGAUUGCGGAUUCAUGUGUGUGGCGGUGUGUCUCCGCUUACUCGUUUGCGUGUGUGGUUGGCGAGUCUUCGUAUGGGUUGGCGAUCGCUCGGAUGUCCCAGGCAAAGAUGGAGCCCUCGUGGUCGCCGCUGAACAAAGUCUCACACGACUGAAGAAGGCCACACAACACACCACACACCAUCACAGAGAGACAUCUCACUCACCGGAUGCUUUCACUGACCGAACCGACCGUGGAGCAGCAGAGCGCCAGUUGAGAGGUGCGUGCCUUGAAUGUCUUGAUGACUUUGUAGUCGUUGUCUGUGUCGUAGAAGGUCAAAGAGAGGUCGUUGCACGACGUCACCAGCAGGCUGUACUUGGCGAUGAACGCCACUGCCAGCAAUCCCGCUUUCUGGUCUCGCAGCUCCUUCUUGGGAGUCAGCUCGGGCGUGAACAGACGCAGGUACCUGCCAGACACACGCAUGUGUGCAUGUGUGUGUGUCUGAUGUAGGUCUUCUCAGGCGCCUUUUCCUUUUCUCACCAACCGUGAUCCCUGUUCAAAGAAGGCGAGCAUAUCGAAGCCAUUGCCGCAGAAGUAGUACACCCGCUCGAUAUGCGCCGCGUGUGGCGUGUCGUCCUGGUGGUGGCUCUUGAGCAGCCGUAUGGCGCUGAACUCCUUCAUGACGUCCUGCCCCUUCCCACGGUCGACAAUAAACCCCGUCAGCUCCUCCCACGACAUGGUCUUGCCACCGUCGAUGUCAAUUAGCUCAAACAGAUCCAUCAGACGAGCCGUCACGUGCAAGUCGACAUCCUCCUCAAGGAUCUCGUCCUCGAUCUCCUCUUCAUCGAUCUCGCUCAUGGCGCAUUGCCCGUCCGGCAGCACGCCCGAGGCGCUGCCGUCUUGCUGGAGUGGUUGGGGGGCGGCUGGUGGGGGGGAGGGGAGGCCGGAUUGGGGCUGAGUUGGCUGCAGCUGCAGCUGUCGAGGGUUGCUGACCUCUUGUUUCUGCCGCCUGUUGCGGGCGGCCGCUUCGCGAAGCUCAUCGAGGAAGCCCGUCCAAUCCAUGUACUUCUUCAUUAUGUACCUGAGAGAGAAACAGACGCCACGGCACUCUUGGGUAUGUAUCUGUUUUCGUUCCCGUGGCUUUUGGCCAUUCGUUCAUUCGGGGCUCACACACUCACUCACACGAAUUCGUCGAUGGCGACAUUGUUAUUGCGGUUGAGGAACUCCUCCUUGAUCAUGGUGAUCCUGUCCUGGUCCACCCGCGCCAGUAUCUCCAGCUGGUCACCGCCCUUGUGCGGCCCCUCCCCCUCCUCCCCUCCCGGCAACGCACCCGCCCCACCAGAGCCCACCUCGACAAGAGCGCCGUGGGCCUCCUCGAGUGGCCCUUUCUUGCCGUGGGCCCCGCCCUCGCUGCGCUUCGGGUCGGGGAAGAGGGGAUGCUGUCCGUCCUCAUCGACUUCGGUGAGAAACGCACACUCGGAGAAUUUCUGAGGCCAAGAGGAGGAGGAGAAAAAUGCCUGUCUGUCUGUCUGCCUGUCUGUCCGCUGACCUCGAGCAGCACUUGCCACGUGGUUGUCUUGGGUUUGUCUUCCAGGAUAUCCGUGGCCAGCGAUUGGGCGGUGGGCGCCAUGGAAGGCGCGAGGGACAACGCCUUCAUCUCAAGAGGUCAGUUGAACAAUCGCCAUGCCCUCAGAAAACUCAUUGCAGAUGGGGUGCGGGCUUGCUGGGCACGUCAGAGUGUGUCCCCUGGCUUGCAUAAGGCAGCAGGCACCUUUUUUCUC